UUUUUCUCCCCCCUUCUUGUGGAGAGGCCGGCUCUAACUGAUCCAGAUCUCUGCUGGGCUGGACUGUCGAGAACACCGAGGACGCAAAACAGUCUUUUGAGAAGGAAAAUCCUGGCGUGAAAAUGUGAAGAUUUUCUCCACUUUCCAGGCAACAACAGCGCGGAAGAUGGCGGGGACACAAACUCUUCUCGCUUUGGUUCUGCUGUGGAUUUUCAUUCUCGGAGUGUCGGUGAAAGGAGAGCGGCCAGUGGAGGAGGAGGAGGAGGAGAGGUCCUGUCAGGGAGCGUUCGACCUCUACUUUGUCCUGGACAAAUCUGGUAGCGUGAAGCAUCACUGGAUUGAGAUUUACUCCUUUGUGAAGCAACUGGCUGAGAAGUUUAUCAGCCCGAUGCUGAGAAUGUCCUUCAUAGUGUUCUCCACAAGAGGAAAUAUCAUCAUGAAGCUGACAGAGAACAGGGAGGCCAUCACAGAGGGGCUGACCGCCCUGAGGAAAGUUGUUCCUGGAGGAGACACAUUCAUGAAUUUAGGCCUGGAAAUGGCCAAUACCCAGAUUUACCAAGAGAAUCACGGAACGGCCAGUGUCAUUAUCGCUCUAACAGACGGGGAGCUGAAUAACUGGCAGUUCGACACGGCUCAAAGAGAGGCUCAGCGGGCCAGGUCGAUGGGAGCCAUUGUUUACUGUGUAGGGGUCAAAGAAUUUAACCAGACCCAGCUGGCAACCAUCGCAGAUACUGUGGAACACGUGUUCCCAGUGUGGGGAGGCUUCCAAGCGCUCCGGGGUAUCAUUGACUCGAUCAUCAAGAAGUCCUGCAUUGAGAUUCUGGCAGUGGAGCCGUCCAGCGUGUGUGCAGGAGAUAGUUUCCAGGUCGUCGUGAGAGGCAACGGCUUCCUCCACGCGAGAGACACCAACCAGGUCUUCUGCAGCUUCAAACUGAACGACACGCACACAGUGGAUGAGAGACCAGCCAGAAUCGAAAACACCAUCCUGCUGUGCACAGCUCCGGUGGUGGAGGAAGUCGGCAGGGUCAUCUACCUGCAGGUGAGCAUGAACGAGGGGCUCUCCUACAUCACCAGCUCGGUUCACAUCACCACCACCGAAUGUUUUGAUGGGACCAUCGUGCUGAUUUCACUGCUGGUGGUCUUCCUGCUGGUGGGCCUGCUGCUCAUGUGGUGGUUCUGGCCUCUCUGCUGCACCGUGGUCAUCAAGGAGCCGCCCCCUCCUCCUCCACCUGAACCGGAAUCAGAUGAUGAAGAUGGCAUGCCCAAAAAAAAGUGGCCCACAGUGGAUGCGUCCUACUAUGGAGGGCGAGGCGUCGGGGGCAUCAAGCGCAUGGAGGUGCGGUGGGGAGAGAAAGGCUCCACAGAAGAGGGCGCUAAGCUGGACAAACCCAAAAAUGCAGUGGUGAAGAUGCCAGAGCAGGAAUUUGAGCCAUACGAGCCCAAGCCUCGAAAACGUCCGCGACCCCCUCCCCAGCAGAGGCGGUGGUACACCCCCAUUCAGGGCAAGCUGGAUGCUCUGUGGGCUCUGUUCAGGCGAGGCUACGACCAAGUGUCUCUGAUGAGACCGCAGCCAGGGGACCAGGGUCGCUGCAUAAACUUCCAGAGAGUCAAAGAUGGGGCGUCACCUGGGAACAGCCAGAGGCCACCUCGCUCACACGCUUCUCCAGCGCCACCCUCUGCUCCUCCUCCACCGCUGGAACAGCGACCUCUGGUCUCCCACCCGGUCCCCCCAACAAAGCCGGCACCCAAAGGGCCUCCACGCACCACCCCUCCGGCCCGUGCGCCCCCUCCAGGUCCGCCUCCGAGUCGAGCGCCCCCUGGACCCCCACCGUCAAGACCCCCGCCCAGGCUUUGAAUAAACCGGAAAAAACUUGCAAUCCAGUCGCUCAAGCUUGGGGUGACGUUUGUUGCUGGACAGCAAAUAUUGAUGCUGACGUCGCUGUAGCAAAGUGCUUAAAUGUCAGUUUAGGUUUUGAAAUGUACUGAAGCAUUGGUUUCUUAAAUGAGGGUUCAAAUCCUUACGUGCAUAUGUGAAACAUCAAGUGAAGCUGUGGUCAACAAUGCUGAACCUAGAAAUGCACAGUAUGUGGAUAGAAAUGUGUAUAGAAAUCCAGAAAUUCAAUUAGAAACUAUAAAGGAGAGAAAGCAGUGAGGCUAUUGUGAAGUGAUGUAUUUCAGGUUUUAUUUAGGAUUUUGGAUUUGAGGAUCAGGUUUGAGGGUGUAGAAGUAGGUGACCGGGAACAGAAAAGUAAGUUGAAAUUUAAGGAUGAUCUUGCUGUGUGUAGAGUGACAUCAUUCUUUGGCUUCAUCUUGGCAUGUUGCUUGCACGAGGGUGUGGUGAAGGUGUCGAUAAAACAAGCAGUUUUGAAAGUCAGCUUCUUUCGAGGAUCUAUCUCAGAGGCCUGAUCGACUUCUCUGCAUCGUUCAGGCUCAGCGAUGUGUCAGCGACUGCAGGGCAGUUUGUUGAGCGUCUUAUUUAUUGUCGCAGGCCUCCAGCUUUGACGCCCAAAUUAUUGUGGUGGGGGUGUAAAAGAUAGAAACCUGUGGUGCAUUUGUGUUUCUGUCCAAAAGCCUUAUAUUAAAUAUACUUGUAUCGUCUCGGUUCUUCUGCUUUAACUGACUGAAAUGAUGAUUUGCAUUGUUUCUGGACUAACUUUUGUUAAUAAAUGCUCAUUUUUAUUA